AUGCACUGCGCCCUUGCAGCGGCCGUGGCCGCGCUGGAAGUCUCGGUGGUGCUGGCAACGACAACGCCUUUGGACUUCACCUUCGCAUCGUCGCGGCGAUGGCGCGUGGCCAACGCAGCUGAGAUCACCUACGGCUGGGUGGUUGCCGAACUCCAACUCUUCGCCGACCCGGAAUGCUCGGAGGUGUUGACGCCUUCCACACUGCGAGCGUCCGGCAGCACCUCUGCCCUGCCGCCGGCUCGUGCUGUGGACGGUCUGACGUUUACGGAGUGGCGGGCGCCGUGCCAUCUUUGUGGCGUUGGCGAGGCAUGGCUGGAGAUGGAAUUCAAUGCUGCCGUGGAAGUGAUGUGCUUCCGGCUUUUUCAGUGGGGCGAACGCGACUAUGCCGCCCAAUCUCUUUGGCUGCAGCGGUUCGAUGCUAGCGCUGCAGCCGGUGGAGACUGGAUUGACGUUCUGCGUGGAGACAACCUUCUAGGUGGACAGUGGGAGCAGGUGCACUUCACCCGCUGCUCCACUCUCUCCGCACCUGCGUCUGGGACCGUCAGGACGACCAACGAGGGCAUCUACCCCAGUGAGGCGACCUUCACCUGCAAAGGGAUUCGGCCGAUGACUGGCAGCGAUCGGUCCGUUUGUACACCUGACGGGUCUUGGUCCAUGGAGCCCCCUGUGUGCUGGGAAGCCAUUCACUUCAUUGCUGCAGCCGUCUUCGUAAUUGGGAUGGAUGUCUCCGCCUUCCUCCUCUACUACAGGUGUGUGAUGGUGCGGAAGCCGGCGCCGCUGCGGACGGACUCGUUGAUUCCUCAGGACUACUUGGGCAAUUGGAACAGCGAUUUGGUGGGUGGCUGCUCCGCCGACAUCUCCUACGGAAUGACCUUUCCGCUUUGCCCCUGUCGGGUGGCAGCUACCUGGCAACAGGCUGGGCUGAUUCCUUUCCAGUAUGGAGUCCUGCUCCCUCACUUUUGCUGCUGCUGCAUGCCAUGCAUCGGAACCUACUUCCGAAGCGUCUUGCGACAGCGUUUCGCGAUCAGGAGAUCCAGCACCACGCUGGACUGCGUGGCUUGGACGGCGCUGAGUUGCUGCGCCAUGGUGCAAGAAGCCAAGAUGGUGGACGCCAUGUGUGUGGUGGCACACGAAGAGGCCCGGGCCAAGGACGCCGCAGAUCAGAGGAAGGCCUCGGCAGAAGAACUGCGCAGGGGCAAGGUCGGCCACCAGAGCACAAUGGCCCUGGGCCCUUCUCCAAAGAGUGUUGGCGCUAGCAGCUUUCGCUUUGGUCUCUCCACCAACCACGGCGCUCUUCGAACUCCGAGAGCCGCUUUGGAGACGAUGUCGUCGCCUGUGUAG